GCGGUGCGUGCCGGGGCUCGUAGUGCCGUGGCCCGGCCGUUGUGCGGCUGUUCCGGGGAGCGCUGGGGCUCGUAGUGCCGUGGCCCGGCCGUUGUGCGGCUGUUCCGGGGAGCGCUGGGGCUCGUAGUGCCGUGGCCCGGCCGUUGUGCGGCUGUUCCGGGGAGCGCUGGGGCUCGUAGUGCCGUGGCCCGGCCGUUGUGCGGCUGUUCCGGGGAGCGCUGGGGCUCGUAGUGCCGUGGCCCGGCCGUUGUGCGGCGGUUGCCGGGGAGCGCUGGGGCUCGUAGUGCCGUGGCCCGGCCGUUGUGCGGCUGUUCCGGGGAGCGCUGGGGCUCGUAGUGCCGUGGCCCGGCCGUUGUGCGGCGGUUGCUGGGGAGCGCUGGGGCAGCGCCGCGCUCUGCUCCGCGCUCCGCUCCGCGCAGCUUGGGUAACAUGAAGAUGGAGGACUAUGAAAUUUUCUGUAGGAAGCAUCUUUCCAGAAUCCAAGAAGAGKCAAUAAAAGGAGAAACSUCUUUGACUGUUCAGCACAAAARUAUCUCCYUCAUUCAGUUCUAUGGAGUCCCUGUGCUUUCCCCUCUGCUUACCCUUGRAAAAAAAAAGGAAAUACAGCAAUAUAAGAAGAAAGCACUGGACCUAGAGACAAGGAAACGGGAGUCCCGGAAAAAAGCUCUACUGGAUCGUGUCCAGGAGAUUGUGGAAAAUGUCCAGAUGAAGAAGGGACCUAGCAUGAGUGGUGUGAAGACACUGGAGGCUGAGAAUUCUUGCCCUGAUUCGGAUUCAGAGGCUUUGACUGACUUCACAGCUCUAUCAGAUAUGAAUUCAGCAUGUUCUCCUGAAAAGCAUGGUUCCAUGGACUUGGAAAAGACACCAGAACUUAGACCAUCAGGUACURCAGGGCAAAUGACAUCAAAUGUGACAGAAGUAGUUAAAGCAGCAGAAGAAAAUGUUUCCUCAAAGCCAAGUGAGAGCUGCUUCUCGAAAGACGCGCAUUGUCCGRGGGCUGCGUCUCCUGACAAGGUUUGUAACAGGCUGACGUCUCAUGCUCUGCAAAAGCAGGAGGGGCGAGUGGGGUCACCAUCGGAUGAGGAUGUCCAGGAUCCAUGUGUCAUGAGUCUUCAGAACCUGAUCAAGAAGUCUAGGGAGUACAUAGAGAGAGAGCAAAGCAAGCGUACCUCAAAAAGUAGUUCAAAGAGGAGUACGAGUGAAAGUCAUUCGGAUAAAGAAAAUGACGGUGUUAAAACAACUGACUCYGGGAAAGAGAGAGUAAAGUUUACAAGCAGAAGUUGUGCUGCUCAGACGCUUGAUAAACCUAGUCUUAAUAAGUCAAAUAGCCUUCUCCAAGGUGCCUCUACUACAAAUAACACAAGUGUGUCCACUUUAUCCAGUUUUUCUAAAGUAGACAUACCUAUGCGAGUUGGAACACCUCCUUUGGUGGAUUCAGAUUCCGAUGAGGAAUUGAAGAAGAAUUCUGUGUUUGACCGUGGCAGCAGCACUGUCAGGAGCCUCACAGGCUCUUAUGCCAAAUUGCCAAGCCCAGAGCCGAGCAUGAGCCCUAAAAUGCACCGACGGCGCCCAAGACCUUUAUCCAUGGGACACAUCAUUAUAAACAAUCCUGUGAAUGCUUACGAGUUGAGUCCUAAAGGCAAGGGUAGAGCAAUGGAUUUAAUCAUGCAAGAUAUUGCAGAUAAGAACAACGUGUCUGAAUCGGUGCCAAAGUUCAUGGUGGACUUCACUACGGUUUGCUCUGGUAGAGUUCCUGGUGUCAGCAGGAGUUCUUCAGGCCCUUGUGAUGGCAAASCAAAUCGCCAUUCCUUUGGGCUCUUUGAAAGCAGAGGAACAGUGUCAGCUGCGGUGGAAGGACAGCUGGUGAUGGACAGCAGAGGGCCGUGGAAAGGAGAGAACAGUACUAAUAUCAUACCUCUGAAAGUGAGCGAGCCCUUUGCCAUCAGUCAGUGUACAGUGACACCGAAGAUCCCGGCUGUGAAUGAAAUGAAACAAGCUACUUUGCCAGAAAACACUAAAUGUAAUUCUCCAGUGGAACUCAAUAAAUCUUACGAUGUAGAAAAUCCAUCUCCACUGCUAAUGCAGAGCAAGAAUGUGCAACAGCGGAUGGAUAAUACUCCAAGUGUUUCCUCAGCAAAUGAGCAGUUUCCAGAAAAUUUUGAAAAGGUAAAACGUAGACUUGAUUUGGACACAGACAACUGCCAAAAAGAAAACAGUAUCUGUGUUCUAAGAACUGGAAUGGAAGAACAAGAGAAGCAGUGGUUGCAAGAACAGAAGUAUCCUGUGGGAUCAGUUUACAUCACCAAGAAUGCAGUCCUUGAAAAUAUGGCAAAAGAAGAUAUUUUAAAAACUAAAAUGCUGGCCUUGGAAGAAAUGAGAAAGAGACUAGAAGAGGAGCAUGCACAACAACUGUCRAUUCUGAUAGCUGAACAAGUGAGAGAACAGGAAAAAUAUCAGAAGGAAAUUGAAGAGGAGAGAAAGUUGGAAGGAAAGAAGGUUACUACAACGGAAAUAGAAAUUUCCAAAGUGAAUAUUAACAGUAGGAUGGAGUUGGAGUGGAGGAAAAAAAGUGGAAGUGGCUUGCUGGAAAGUGUGCAGUCUCAGCAGGAGACAGUCCAUAACACAAACUCCACCAGCAUUGGUUUUGCUCAUACGACACCCAACACCUUUGCUACAACAAGUGAAACUUCAUUCUAUCUCUGGGGGCCAUCAGGUAGUGGAGUUAUAAAAACCUCAGUAUCCAGGCCAAGUAAUAGGAUCAAAACUAGGUGGACUCAGGUUUUCAGUCCAGAGAUACAAAUGAAGUUUGACAAGGUCACUGCAGUGGCAAAGGGUUUUCUCACUCGUAGACUCCUGCAGACAGAAAAACUGAAACAUCUUAAGCAAACUGUAAAAGAUACUCUGGAGUUCAUAAAAAUUUUUCAGUCUGAAGCCCCAUUGAAAAGAGGAAGUGUGUCAGCACAAGAUGCUUCCCUUCAUGAAAGAGUAAUGGCUCAGCUGCGAGCUGCUCUCUAUGACRUCCAUGACAUCUUUUUCUCAAUGGAGGCAUCGGAGAGAAUGAACAUUCUGCGUCACGAUCGUGAAGUUCGUAAAGAGAAGAUGCUCAGGCAAAUGGAUAAAGUAAAGAGCCCAAGAGAGCGAGUGACACUCUCAACAGCUACACAGAAAUCUCUGGACAGGAAAAAGUACAUGAAGGCUUCAGAAAUGGGAAUACCAAGUAAAAAAAUAAUCGUUAAACAAAAAACUCCUGAAAGCCGCAUACUUCAACCAAACCAAGGACAGAAUGCCCCAGUUCAUAGACUGCUUUGCAGACAAGGAACCCCUAAGACCUCAGUGAAUGGGGUUGAGCAAAAUAGAAAGAAGGCCUCAGAGAGCAGAGUUUCUAACAAGGCUGUUUCAGGAGCAUAUGCAGGAAGAACCCAAAGAAAGAAGCCAAAUGUUGUGACAAUUUAAGAAGACAGCACUCACUGGGAUAAAAUGCCUGUGUUUUAAUGAUGGUAUUCUCAGCACUGGUUUUUAAUAUUACUUCUUCUUUGCAUACUAUGUAUAUUUAGACAUUAAAAAACCUACUUUGUCAUUUUCAGAUGACACAUUAACACAAUCACAUUGAAGUAAUAUGCUUUGAAGCUCUAAUAUUUGUGGGGAAAUUACAUGUUAGAACUUGUGUACAGACUAGUAUUAAUAUAUAAAAGAUUCAUAAUCUUGUUUAUUUAAAGACUACCAGAGGGUAACAUGAAGGAAAUUUGUGACUUUUUCACACUUCCUAAUUCUAGUGUUUGACAUAGGCUUUUGGCCUUACUGAAAUUGCAGUUCUGUGUAUGAGUGCCACUAUAGGGGAGUCAGGGGUGGUAUAUAUUUAGUUUCAACCAUAAAGUUAAAGCAGCUAAAUGUGAAAAAUCUCCCAAACUUAAYUUAAAGAAAAGUGAGCUUUCAUGUCACUGAAUUUGUCGGCAGCCGUUUUGAAUGUACUUUCUGUAAGAAUGAGAAUAGCUCAGUUUCAGUACUAAAGGCCUUGUACCAAAAGUUUUGCAUUUCUGCUGAGCUGGACRGGCGUGGCCCAGGUUUAUUGCUGGGCUUAUAACUGACUAAUCCAAAACUCUGCAUUUCUGUGUGUGGUAGAUCAAACCACUCUACUGAAAGAGUCCAGGGUUUUUAUUUCCCUGCUGUCUACUGCAUUUUCUGAUGGAAACAACAUUUGUCCAAUAUGGAGACAUGUAUUUGCUACAGAAACUUCAGGAGGCAAGAUUUUGUUUUACCAUUUCAGUGAUUUCCGUCCAUAAUAGUAAUCCAGAUACAUUAUAUUUAAUUGAUGGCACUUGCAAUUUUUCUGAGCAGGUAUUUUCCGCUGUGAUUUAACAGGCCCUUUGAAGUUGUUUCUGCAGCUGGGGAAUCCCUACCAAAUCCCAMCACUUUCAUAUUUAUGAAUAUGUAACAUUAAAAGAUCAUAGUCAAAUUUUACCUCAGUCUUCCAACUGAUGGAUAUUAUCCAUCAACUUGAGGAGAGCAUAAUUCUCCACCUUYUUGUAAUGAACUUGAGACAUGACAAGUCUUAGAGAGAAGAGCUCAUCUGUAUAAUCCUUGCAGUGGAGAACUGACUGUCARCAGGUAAAAUAGGUUGUAUUUUGUUACUUUCCCAGUGUCAAUACAAUACAACAGACUGACUUUGGAGGGUUUGUAAUGUGUUGACAUGAAUGUARGAGAAAAAACGACUGACUGAAAAUUGCAUUGUGGUAACCAGCAGGAAAGAGGAAGGUUAAUGAUGGGAUGAGGACAGUGCCUUGCUGGGCAGGGAGGAGKGGCUGGCUUGGCUGUGGCACCAGCCUGUGGCUUUUAUCUGCCACCACAUCUGUCCUCUGCAGCUCCUGAUGCUGUUCAGAACAGCAGUGUUAGACCAUGCACUCAGUUACCAAAUGGUGUUCUUGGRAAAAGGCAAAAGCAGUGCCCGGGUACUGCUUGGCUUAUUUGCAAGCCUGGGGCCAGCAGGGGUGCUUUAAUGG